UUACUAGCUAGCUACCUGGUAGUUACUGGAGUAGAAGUCACCUCGUUUGGAGCAUCACAUCGCCCCCCCCCCCCUUCUUGACGACUACAGAGGUCCUCUCCGGUCUUUCUUGGAUCUACCGGUAUCAUAAUAUUAUAGCUAAUACCUGGUUUCUACUUUCCCAGGUGGGCUCAAGAAUCAAGAAGAAUGAGUGCUGAAUUCUCUUGGAAGCAAAAGUGGCUUGCCAUUACCCCCAAGCCGUUUGCGGUGCUCUCCAUCACGGGUUCCAUGUACAUUAUCAAGCAUAUUGUAACGAGCCCCCAACGGCGUGGCUCUGUCUACCAUCGCCUUCUUCUCGGGCUGUCAAUCUACGACUUUAUGACAUCCUCCGCUGUUUUUAUGGGUUCUUGGCCCAUUCCAUCAGGAACGGAUGGGGUGUACCUUGCCAGUGGCACUGUCAACACUUGUGCUGCCCAAGGGUUCUUCAUCCAAAAUGGCAUUGGGACGCCAUUGUACAAUGCAUCUCUGGGGUUAUACUAUGUGUUGGUUGUGUUUCUUGGGUGGAAAGAGGACCAACUCAAGAAAGUAGAGCCAUUUCUACACUUUUUCCCCAUUGGAUUCUCCGUCACCACAGCCGUUAUUGCUGCUGCCACAGACUCGUAUCGAAGUUCCAAUGUUUGGUGUUGGAUCACCUCGAGCAAUACAGCCUUUCGGAUGGGAUUCUUCUAUGGGCCAGUCUGGGCAGCCAUGGCUACUGUUGCUAUAUCCAUGUUUCUAAUAUACUACAAGGUGCUGGUUCAGGAACGCAAGGUGAUGAAAUACCAACAUGCAGCCAGCAUUGUUCAAAACUCUGUGGCUGGUGGUAAUAAUGAAGCAUCCGCCUCCAUGAGUACACCUACAGACUCUCCGUCGUCAUCCAUUCGCCGAAGGUCCAUUUUCAACCGCCGUCAGAGUCAACCACCAUCAACACUGCGUCAGAGCCGUCGAAUUGCCAGUCAAGGGCUAUUUUAUGUUGUCUCAUUCUUCCUUACAUUCGUCUUCCCGUCCUGGGCUCGGGUUUCACAAAUGGUCUCGGGAACGUCUCCAUUUGCAGUCACGGCACUCUUUGCUGUCUUCUUUCCCCUUCAAGGCUUCUUUAAUGCCAUGGUAUACUUUCGCCCACGCUACUUGCGCUACCGUCAGGCCAAUCCUGAUGUUGGCAUUUGUCGGAUUCUCUGGAGGGGUUUGCGAUCCUUGAGUCCCAAGCGAGAGUCCAUGUUCCAUGUACAGAACUCCUCACAGGCCUCUGGACGUUGCACGAAAGCAAGUAUUAACAAUCCAACUGCCCGGGACAGCAUGAGUGUAAAGAUAGAAGUGGAGAACGCUGCUGCAGCUAUACCCCAUCAAGCGAGCGUUAGCGGAGGCAGUGACAAUGACGACAAUGCAUAUUCCCAAACAACAUUGAAAGCAGAGAGACUGCACCAUGCUUUGUACGGAAAGCCCAUAGCUGAAGUUCAUGGAGACGUGGACGAAGAAGAAGAAGAGAAAGUAGAGGAUAUGGAUCAGUUUUGAAGAGGGGCAGUAAAAACACCAUUGGCAGCAGUAUUGAUAUGUGUGACACACCAAUCAAUAGCGCAGAAAAGUCUCCAUUUGCUGCCAUCUCUCCCCUUCACGGCUUCAUGGUUUACUUUUGCCCACGCUACUUACGCUACUGCCAGGACAAUGUUGGCAUUUGUCAGAUUCUCUAGAGGGGUUUGCGAUCCUUGAGUCCCAAGCGAGAGUCGAUGUUCCAUGUACACAACUCCUCCCAGGCCUCUGGAAGGGGGAAUUGGCCAUCACACCGCCCGGGACAGCGACUGUUAUAGGACGGAAGAAGGCGAAACCGGUGCAGCAAUGCGGCAUCAGGGGAGCAUGAGUGGAGGAAAUGAAGAAGAUCAAGCAGAUAAAUAUCCAAAGAAUAUCCAAGGCAGGGCAGCUGACCCAAGCUCUGUACAGUCAGCCUACAGCAGAAGUCAACACAAGGCCGACAAAGAAGACAAAGUUGAGGACAUCCAUCAGGAAGAGGAAUAAUAAAACAAGCCAGUUUACCAGUAGUUUAGACAUAGUUAACAUCGUACAAGUAUCAUGCUAGCCAGAGGCAUUUUG